AUGGGCGACGUGGAGGAGGAGGAGAGCCGGCGGCUGGAGGACUUUUACACGCUGCACGAGGUGCUGGGCACGGGCGGGUUCUCCGUGGUGCAGCGCGCCGAGUCGAAGGAGGACGGCACGGCGGUGGCGGUGAAGACGCUGAAGAAGCACGGCGGGCCGAGCGUGUCGAACGCGCUGGUGGAGAACGAGAUCAUGGUGAUGAACCGCAUCGUGGACGAGGUGUCGCCGCACCCCAACGUCAUCCACCUCGUCGACGUGUUCGAGGACGCGCACUGCAUCCACCUCGUGCUCGAGCUCUGCUCCGGCGGGGAGCUCUUCGACCGCAUCGUGCAGCAGGAGCGCUACUCCGAGGCGGGCGCCGCGCUCGUCAUCCGCCAGAUCGCCAACGGGCUGCGCAGCCUGCACGCCGCGCGCAUCGCGCACCGCGACCUCAAGCCCGAGAACUGCCUGUUCCUGACGGCGGCGCCCGACGCGCCGCUGAAGAUCAUGGACUUCGGGCUGAGCUCCAUCGAGGGCGAGACGAGCCCGCUCGUGGGCCUCUUCGGCUCCAUCGACUACGUCUCGCCCGAAGCGCUCUCCCGCCGCGAGUCGCGCGCCGCCGGGGACAUGUGGUCGCUGGGCGUCAUCCUCUACAUCCUGCUCUGCGGGUACCCGCCCUUCCACGCGCUCAACAACCGUGCCAAGCAGCAACUCAUUCUCAACGCGAGUUUUGACUUUGAGGAGGCGACAUGGAGGAGCAUAUCGCAGUCCGCCAAGCAGCUCGUCACCAGCCUGCUCACCGUCGACCCCUCCAAGCGACCCACCGCUGCUGAGCUGCUGCUGCACCCGUGGGUGAAGGGCGACGCAGCGAGGCAGGAGCCGAUGGAGCCAGAGGUGUGCCGGCGCCUGCUCACCUUCAACGCACGCCGCAAGUUCCGAGCGGCGGCGUAUGCGAGCAUCGUGAGCAACAAGCUCAUGCUGCGCACACGGGCGCUGCGGAACAUACUGGGUGGAUUCGACACACUCAAUGAGACGGAGCUCAAGGACCUGCACACGCACUUCAAGAGAAUAUCGUCGAGUGGCACGAGUGUGACAGUGGCGGAGUUUGAGGACGUGCUGAGGGCCAUGGGCAUGGGCAGCCUGGUGCCGAUGGCGCGGCGCGUGUUUGAGGUGUUUGACAGCGACAAGAACGGAACCGUCGACAUGCGGGAGAUCGUCUGUGGCCUCGCUGCCUUCCGCAAGUCCCAAGGCGACGACGCCCUGCGCCUCUGCUUCAAGGUGCGCCUCUGCUUCAAGGUGCGCCUCUGCUUCAAGGUGCGCCUCUGCUUCAAGGUGCGCCUCUGCUUCAAGGUGCGCCUCUGCUUCAAGGUGCGCCUCUGCUUCAAGGUGCGCCUCUGCUUCAAGGUGCGCCUCUGCUUCAAGGUGCGCCUCUGCUUCAAGGUGCGCCUCUGCUUCCAGGUGCGCCUCUGCUUCAAGGUGCGCCUCUGCUUCAAGGUGCGCCUCUGCUUCAAGGUGCGCCUCUGCUUCAAGGUGCGCCUCUGCUUCAAGGUGCGCCUCUGCUUCAAGGUGCGCCUCUGCUUCAAGGUGCGCCUCUGCUUCAAGGUGCGCCUCUGCUUCAAGGUGCGCCUCUGCUUCAAGGUGCGCCUCUGCUUCAAGGUGCGCCUCUGCUUCAAGGUGCGCCUCUGCUUCAAGGUGCGCCUCUGCUUCAAGGUGCGCCUCUGCUUCAAGGUGCGCCUCUGCUUCAAGGUGCGCCUCUGCUUCAAGGUGCGCCUCUGCUUCAAGGUGCGCCUCUGCUUCAAGGUGCGCCUCUGCUUCAAGGUGCGCCUCUGCUUCAAGGUGCGCCUCUGCUUCAAGGUGCGCCUCUGCUUCAAGGUGCGCCUCUGCUUCAAGGUGCGCCUCUGCUUCAAGGUGCGCCUCUGCUUCAAGGUGCGCCUCUGCUUCAAGGUGCGCCUCUGCUUCAAGGUGCGCCUCUGCUUCAAGGUGCGCCUCUGCUUCAAGGUGCGCCUCUGCUUCAAGGUGCGCCUCUGCUUCAAGGUGCGCCUCUGCUUCAAGGUGCGCCUCUGCUUCAAGGUGCGCCUCUGCUUCAAGGUGCGCCUCUGCUUCAAGGUGCGCCUCUGCUUCAAGGUGCGCCUCUGCUUCAAGGUGCGCCUCUGCUUCAAGGUGCGCCUCUGCUUCAAGGUGCGCCUCUGCUUCAAGGUGCGCCUCUGCUUCAAGGUGCGCCUCUGCUUCAAGGUGCGCCUCUGCUUCAAGGUGCGCCUCUGCUUCAAGGUGCGCCUCUGCUUCAAGGUGCGCCUCUGCUUCAAGGUGCGCCUCUGCUUCAAGGUGCGCCUCUGCUUCAAGGUGCGCCUCUGCUUCAAGGUGCGCCUCUGCUUCAAGGUGCGCCUCUGCUUCAAGGUGCGCCUCUGCUUCAAGGUGCGCCUCUGCUUCAAGGUGCGCCUCUGCUUCAAGGUGCGCCUCUGCUUCAAGGUGCGCCUCUGCUUCAAGGUGCGCCUCUGCUUCAAGGUGCGCCUCUGCUUCAAGGUGCGCCUCUGCUUCAAGGUGCGCCUCUGCUUCAAGGUGCGCCUCUGCUUCAAGGUGCGCCUCUGCUUCAAGGUGCGCCUCUGCUUCAAGGUGCGCCUCUGCUUCAAGGUGCGCCUCUGCUUCAAGGUGCGCCUCUGCUUCAAGGUGCGCCUCUGCUUCAAGGUGCGCCUCUGCUUCAAGGUGCGCCUCUGCUUCAAGGUGCGCCUCUGCUUCAAGGUGCGCCUCUGCUUCAAGGUGCGCCUCUGCUUCAAGGUGCGCCUCUGCUUCAAGGUGCGCCUCUGCUUCAAGGUGCGCCUCUGCUUCAAGGUGCGCCUCUGCUUCAAGGUGCGCCUCUGCUUCAAGGUGCGCCUCUGCUUCAAGGUGCGCCUCUGCUUCAAGGUGCGCCUCUGCUUCAAGGUGCGCCUCUGCUUCAAGGUGCGCCUCUGCUUCAAGGUGCGCCUCUGCUUCAAGGUGCGCCUCUGCUUCAAGGUGCGCCUCUGCUUCAAGGUGCGCCUCUGCUUCAAGGUGCGCCUCUGCUUCAAGGUGCGCCUCUGCUUCAAGGUGCGCCUCUGCUUCAAGGUGCGCCUCUGCUUCAAGGUGCGCCUCUGCUUCAAGGUGCGCCUCUGCUUCAAGGUGCGCCUCUGCUUCAAGGUGCGCCUCUGCUUCAAGGUGCGCCUCUGCUUCAAGGUGCGCCUCUGCUUCAAGGUGCGCCUCUGCUUCAAGGUGCGCCUCUGCUUCAAGGUGCGCCUCUGCUUCAAGGUGCGCCUCUGCUUCAAGGUGCGCCUCUGCUUCAAGGUGCGCCUCUGCUUCAAGGUGCGCCUCUGCUUCAAGGUGCGCCUCUGCUUCAAGGUGCGCCUCUGCUUCAAGGUGCGCCUCUGCUUCAAGGUGCGCCUCUGCUUCAAGGUGCGCCUCUGCUUCAAGGUGCGCCUCUGCUUCAAGGUGCGCCUCUGCUUCAAGGUGCGCCUCUGCUUCAAGGUGCGCCUCUGCUUCAAGGUGCGCCUCUGCUUCAAGGUGCGCCUCUGCUUCAAGGUGCGCCUCUGCUUCAAGGUGCGCCUCUGCUUCAAGGUGCGCCUCUGCUUCAAGGUGCGCCUCUGCUUCAAGGUGCGCCUCUGCUUCAAGCUGCGCCUCUGCUUCAAGGUGCGCCUCUUCUUCAAGGUGCGCCUCUGCUUCAAGGUGCGCCUCUGCUUCAAGGUGCGCCUCUGCUUCAAGGUGCGCCUCUGCUUCAAGGUGCGCCUCUGCUUCAAGGUGCGCCUCUGCUUCAAGGUGCGCCUCUGCUUCAAGGUGCGCCUCUGCUUCAAGGUGCGCCUCUGCUUCAAGGUGCGCCUCUGCUUCAAGGUGCGCCUCUGCUUCAAGGUGCGCCUCUGCUUCAAGGUGCGCCUCUGCUUCCAGAUGUACGAUGCGGAUGACUCAGGAUACAUUUCAAAGGACGAGCUUGCUGCUAUGCUCAAGGCGCUACCGGAGGACUAUCUACCCCCGGACAUCCUAGAGCCGGGCAUACUGGACGAGUUCUUUGACCGCAUGGACGCCAACUGUGACGGGCGGCUCAGUUUCGACGAGUUCAAGGCCGCCAUCCACGCCGACCACUUCCUCGUCGACGCGCUCCUGCAGCCCGCCCGCGGCGAGUCGCCCGCCGCCCGACCGCCGCCCAAAGGGGAGUCUCCACUGUUUCGCCAACACCAGUGGUGA